UCUCAGCAGCAAACUAGUGUCCCGGGGGAAACGGAGCAGGUCAGAGCAGAGUCGUUGGCGGCGAUGGCGCUCAAGGCCUCCUUCCCCGGUGAGCUCGCCGGCGCCACCAUUCUCGAGUCCCCCAGUAGUGGAGCUUUCCGCCACCUCCGUCAAGCCGUGGACUUCACGUUCCGAAAGACGGACAAAAGAGCAGCCUUCCUGAGAAGGACAUGCUGUUCUAUGCAGCAGGGCCCUUCGCCCGCCUGGCCUGGCCGAGCUGUCGCGGAUCCUGCGAGGAGGUCAUGGGAUAGCCCAAAGCCCAUCUCAAUCAUCGGCUCAACUGGUUCCGUAGGAACACAGACGUUGGCCAUAGUUGCGGAGAAUCCUGAUAAGUUCCGAGUUGUUGCUCUUGCUGCUGGCUCCAAUGUGACUCUUCUCGCUGAUCAGGUGAAAAUGUUCAAACCAAAUCUGGUCGCUAUAGGAAACGAGUCGCUACUUAAUGAGCUAAAGGAAGCAUUAGCUGACUGUGAGUACAUGCCGGAAAUUAUUUCCGGGGAGCAGGGUGUCAUAGAGGUCGCCCGCCACCCGGAUGCAGUUACUGUAGUUACCGGCAUAGUUGGGUGUGCAGGACUGAAGCCUACAGUCGCAGCAAUUGAAGCUGGGAAAGAUAUUGCAUUGGCGAAUAAAGAGACACUCAUCGCAGGUGGUCCUUUCGUGCUUCCGCUUGCGCACAAGCACAAUGUGAAAAUACUCCCCGCUGAUUCUGAGCACUCUGCAAUAUUUCAGUGUAUACAAGGCUUGUCUGAAGGAUCGCUUCGUCGCAUUAUUCUGACUGCCUCUGGUGGUGCUUUCAGGGACUGGCCAAUUGAGAGGCUGAAAGAUGUACAAGUUGCUGAUGCUUUGAAGCACCCAAACUGGAAAAUGGGGAAGAAAAUCACAGUAGAUUCUGCUACAUUGUUCAACAAGGGUUUAGAAGUUAUUGAGGCACAUUAUUUGUUUGGUGUUGAAUAUGAUGACAUCGAGAUUAUGAUUCACCCGCAGUCUAUCAUACACUCUAUGAUUGAAACAAAGGAUUCAUCCGUCCUUGCUCAGCUGGGAAGGACAGACAUGCGGCUGCCUAUCCUAUACACCUUAUCUUGGCCAGAAAGGGUCUAUUGCUCUGAGAUCACCUGGCCCCGGCUAGAUCUUUGCGAGUUGGGCUCGCUGACAUUCAAAGCUGUCGACAACGUGAAAUACCCAUCGGUUGAUCUCGCAUAUGCAGCAGGGCGAGCUGGGGGCACCAUGCCGGGAGUUCUGAGUGCCGCUAAUGAGAAGGCCGUGGAGCUGUUCAUCAACGAAAAGAUCAGCUACCUGGACAUCUUCAAGGUGGUGGAGAUGACGUGCGAUGCGCACCGCAACGAGCUGGUGACAAGCCCGUCGCUCGAGGAGAUCAUACAUUACGACCAGUGGGCGAGGAAGUUCAGCGCCAACCUACAGCCAUCGUCAUCUAGGCGGAGCACUGUUCUGGUGUAAGGCCGCAUUUGGGAAGAGGAACGUUUUCGAUGUAUUUUGGUAUUAAAAAUAUUACGCAAUACAAUAUAAUAUAGCCUAAAAUAUAAUAAUAAAAUUUAAAAAUAUUAUUGGGAAAGGAUGAUUUGUCCUUUGUUCCUAAUUAAUACUUUUUUAAAAUAUAUAACUAGAAGUCAAAGCGUAAAGAAUGUGUGAAGAGUGCUUUUAUUGCAACACUAAAAUGGACAAUUUGCUUGGUCUUGAAGAAACAAAACUGAUGGAAAAAAUGCUUAUCGAUUGGUUGCAAUGCAAGUGGAAGGUAAGAAAGAGAAGCCGAGGAAAAAAAAUACGUAUCUACGCGCAACAGUACUCGAAGUUCCAGAGCGCAUGGGGACGGAGCAAACGGGGCAAGAGCAGAUGGACCAGUACUUCCAACAGCAAUGGCAACUGAAUACCCAGAGGUGGUCAUGAUCCUGGUAGGGGUCAUGUCGUCCGUCGCCAACCGCGGCCUCCCGCGCAAGCGUGAUUGAAGGCUCGACCAAGCGCUCUGGACCCCAACUGGUCGUCUUCCGCUCAUCGUUAGGUAGACCCACGAUG